AUGGUGGAGAUGGUCAUGGAGGAGAGCUCCGUUUGCCAAGCGAUCGACCUUGCCACACCAAGGAAUUCCAAAAGAAAGAAGGCAUCAAGCGGACUGCCAUCCAAUUCCCUGCUCUUUAUUACGCCCAAAGAGCACUUUGACAAGUUUCCUUUAGGGGGAAACACAAGUGACCUUCAGCGGUCAACGCAGGGGACGCGGCAGCUAUAUAAAAAGGGCGGCGCUUGCUAUCUUUACCAACAGGUAGGCUUGGUGCUGGUGGCAGGCGUGGUCGCCCUCGUUUCAGGCGAAAUCAGUCACCAUGUUAAGAGCUCUCUGCACCACACACUAGAUCACCAUGCGGCUCCAAAACAUCAUGUAGCCCCUGUACACCAUGCUGUCCCAGUGCACCAUGCUGCCCCUGUACAUCAUGCUGCCUCUGAGCACCAUGCUGCCCCUGUACAUCAUGCUGCCUCUGUGCACCAUGCUGCCCCUGUACAUCAUGCUGCCCCUGUACAUCACGGAAAGGGAUAUGCUCCUGCUUACCCUGAUACGCCUCCACACUACGCCUUCGAGCACGCUGUCAACGACGACUACGCCGGCACCCACUUCGGCCACUCGGAGGCUCGCGACGGCUACAAGACGGAGGGCAAGUACUUCGUGCACCUCCCCGACGGCCGCGUCCAGACCGUCACUUACUACGCCGACGAGACUGGCUACCACCCCACCGUCUCGUACGAGGGGACGGCCCACUACGACGCCCACGCAGCCGUCCCUCACCACGCCCCUGCCAAGGCUUACCACGCCCCUGAACCAGUAUAUCACGCCCCUGAGCCAGCAUAUCACGCACCUGAGCCAGUAUAUCACGCCCCUGAGCCAGCAUAUCACGCACCUGAGCCAGUAUAUCACGCCCCUGAACCAGCAUAUCACGCCCCAGUUCUACCCACUUACCAUGCCUAAGCUAAAGAAAUAUUCUUUGUGUAUGAAAAGUUCAAUGAACAUUGUCAAUAUUUAAAAGAUUUUUGUAUAAUAAAAUGAAACUGAUGAAA